AUGCACGCCGUCAAGCUCAUGGCCGUUCUCGGCCUAUCGGCUGUCACUGCUGCCGCUCCUUUCGACACGCCGCUAGAGGCUCGCGAUGCUGGGGAUGUUCUCGCAGACCUCCAAGCUCAGGCUAUGGAGAACCUGAAGGCUGCAGAAGCCAAUGGGACUUUGUCCAAGCGAGGGAACUGCAACCUGUUCAAUGCACAGGUGCGCAGGGACUGGGCUGCUUUUUCCACAAAGGAGCGCAAGGAAUACAUCAGUGCAGUGCAAUGCCUGUUGACUUCUCCCUCCAAGUCCGACCCUUCCUUCGCGCCCGGCGCCCGCAACAGAUAUGACGACUUUGUUGCCGUUCAUAUCAACCAGACUCGUACCAUUCACGGUACCGGUAACUUCUUGACCUGGCAUAGAUAUUUCACCUGGGCAUAUGAGAACGCUUUGAAGACUGAGUGUGGUUAUAAGGGAGCUCAGCCUUAUUGGAACUGGUUCGCACACACUGAUGACCUGCGCAAAUCUCCCGUCUACGAUGGCAGCGAGACCAGCUUGAGUGGCGAUGGCGAAUACUUCCCUCACAAUGGCAGCGUAAGCCGUGCUCCCAACGGCAACAUUGAGGUUCCUUCCGGCCUCGGUGGUGGCUGUGUCAUGAGCGGCCCCCUCGUCAACAUGACUGUUAACCUCGGCCCUGUGUCUCCUGGCAUGGACGGUCUUCCAGUCAACCCCAACGGCCCGAUGGCGCAUAACCCUCGUUGCUUGCGCCGUGACCUGAGCGCAUACUCAGCCUCUACUUGGCUCACGACCGCCAACCUCGUGAACGUCACCAUCGGUCAAGCCUCCAAGAACAUUGCGACUUUCCAGAACGAGCUUCAGGGUCGCUUUGGUGACGGAUUCCUGGGUAUGCAUGCCGCCGGUCACUUUGUUGCCAACGGAGAUGCUAGCGACUUGUACUCCUCGCCCACGGAUCCCACUUUCUUCCUCCACCACGCCAUGGUCGAUCGCGUCUACUGGCUCUGGCAAGCUUUGCACUUGUGGGAAGCCUUUGAGAUUGCCGGCACCAUUACCAUUCAGAACCUGCCUCCUAGCCGUGACGCUACCAAGGAGGAUCUGGUUGAACUGGGCGUCCUUGCACAGGACCGACCUAUCAAGGAGCUUUUGAACACCAUCGAUGGUUCUCCCUUCUGCUACGUCUAUUUGUAG